GCCAGCCUCCAAGCGUAGCCGACGGGCGGGUGCCCGAGGCCCUCGUGAGCUGGGAUUGGGGGAAAGCGAGCGGGCUUUGGGCGGGAGUCCAUCUCUCUGGAUCCCUACAAGGACUCAGAAGAGAGUCGGGAGCAAGAGAGGCCGGACGCCUAGGUCUCCCGAGCGUCUCUCGCCCCUCCACCCCCACCUCGGGGCUUUCCCCACCUCCUCGAGGGGAAGCAGCUGGCGGAGCCGUCCGGUCGCAGGACAAUGGAAGGAAACCAACUAGAAAUCAUAUCCGCCCUCUCCGUACCCCGCCCGGCCAGAGCCCCCCUUUUUGUAGGCCCGGGUAGAGUAGCCUGUCAUUCACACCACACCCUCCCCGUCUGAGACCCUACGGGAGCCCACUGUCGUCUGCCCAAACCUGCUGUCUCGUUGGGCUCCCCCUUUUCUCCCUUAACACAGUACAAGAGUGGGAGAGGGGGUUGCCGUAUGCACUUUGUCCUGCAGCAAAGGUUGGCUCCUGGCAAACCCUCCCAAAAGCCAACACACCAAUUUUCACUGGCCCAGGCCUUCCGACGACUCAGACUCCCGUAUUUCCAACCUCGAUAUCCCUAACCUCCUCCCCAAUUCCAAUAUCCCCGUCCUCGUGUCCACUUGCAGUGACCCAAGACCCCCUACGUUACGACCACCCCUUGUUUCUGAGGUCCCGCCCUCGAGACGGAGACCCCGCCCUGGGCUCGCCAUCUGGAGAGCGAGGGAGGAAGGAAGGAUACAGACCCAGGCGUUCACCCCACCUCCACCCCCGCCCCCGACAUCCCGGCCAGAUAAAGGAGCCGAGGCCAAGAGGGGAGAGAGACCCCGCCCCCCUUAAGAAGAGAAGCCGCGGCCCCUGCAGGACGGGGGCCUGUGUCGCUAUGGGUUCCCCCGCCGCCCCGGAGGGAGCGCUGGGCUACGUCCGCGAGUUCACUCGCCACUCCUCCGACGUGCUGGGCAACCUCAACGAGCUGCGCCUGCGCGGGAUCCUCACUGACGUCACGCUGCUGGUUGGCGGGCAACCCCUCAGAGCACACAAGGCAGUUCUCAUCGCCUGCAGUGGCUUCUUCUAUUCAAUUUUCCGGGGCCGUGCGGGAAUCGGGGUGGACGUGCUCUCUCUGCCCGGGGGUCCCGAAGCGAGAGGCUUCGCCCCUCUAUUGGACUUCAUGUACACUUCGCGCCUGCGCCUCUCUCCAGCCACUGCACCAGCAGUCCUAGCGGCCGCCACCUAUUUGCAGAUGGAGCACGUGGUCCAGGCAUGCCACCGCUUCAUCCAGGCCAGCUAUGAACCUCUGGGCAUCUCCCUGCGCCCCCUGGAAGCAGAACCCCCAACACCCCCAACGGCCCCUCCACCAGGUAGUCCCAGGCGCUCCGAAGGACACCCAGACCCACCUACUGAAUCUCGAAGCUGCAGUCAAGGCCCCCCCAGUCCAGCCAGCCCUGACCCCAAGGCCUGCAACUGGAAAAAGUACAAGUACAUCGUGCUAAACUCUCAGGCCUCCCAAGCAGGGAGCCUGGUGGGGGAGAGAAGUUCUGGUCAACCUUGCCCCCAAGCCAGGCUCCCCAGUGGAGAUGAAGCCUCCAGCAGCAGCAGCAGCAGCAGCAGCAGCAGCGAAGAAGGACCCAUUCCUGGUCCCCAGAGCAGGCUCUCUCCAACUGCUGCCACUGUGCAGUUCAAAUGUGGGGCUCCAGCCAGUACCCCCUACCUCCUCACAUCCCAGGCUCAAGACACCUCUGGAUCACCCUCUGAACGGGCCCGUCCACUACCGGGAAGUGAAUUUUUCAGCUGCCAGAACUGUGAGGCUGUGGCAGGGUGCUCAUCAGGGCUGGACUCCUUGGUUCCUGGGGAUGAAGACAAACCCUAUAAGUGUCAGCUGUGCCGGUCUUCGUUCCGCUACAAGGGCAACCUUGCCAGUCACCGUACAGUGCACACAGGGGAAAAGCCUUACCACUGCUCAAUCUGCGGAGCCCGUUUUAACCGGCCAGCAAACCUGAAAACGCACAGCCGCAUCCAUUCGGGAGAGAAGCCGUAUAAGUGUGAGACGUGCGGCUCGCGCUUUGUACAGGUGGCACAUCUGCGGGCGCACGUGCUGAUCCACACCGGGGAGAAGCCCUACCCUUGCCCUACCUGCGGAACCCGCUUCCGCCACCUGCAGACCCUCAAGAGCCACGUUCGCAUCCACACCGGAGAGAAGCCUUACCACUGCGACCCCUGUGGCCUGCAUUUCCGGCACAAGAGUCAACUGCGGCUGCAUCUGCGCCAGAAACACGGAGCGGCUACCAACACCAAAGUGCACUACCACAUUCUCGGGGGGCCCUAGCUGAGCGCAGGCCCAGACCCCACUUGCUUCCUGCGGGUGGGAAAGCUGCAGGCCCAGGCCUUGCUUCCCUAUCAGGCUUGGGCAUAGGGGUGUGCUAGGCCACUUUGGUAUCAGAAAUUGCCACCAUCUUAAUUUCUCACUGGGGAGAGCAGGGGUGGCAGAUCCUGGCUAGAUCUGCCUCUGUUUUGCUGGUCAAAACCUCUUCCCCACAAGCCAGAUUGUUUCUGAGGAGAGAGCUAGCUAGGGGCUGGGAAAGGGGAGAGAUUGGAGUCCUGGUCUCCCUAAGGGAAUAGCCCUCCACCUGUGGCCCCCAUUGCAUUCAGUUUAUCUGUAAAUAUAAUUUAUUGAGGCCUUUGGGUGGCACCGGGGCCUUCAUUCGAUUGCAUUUCCCACUCCCCUCUUCCACAAGUGUGAUUAAAAGUGACCAGAAACACAGAAGGUGAGAUCACAGCUCUGCUGGCAGAGAUUACUAGCCCUUGGCUCUCUCGUUUGGCUUGGGUAUUUUAUAUUAUUUCUGUCAUAACUUUUAUCUUUAGAAUUGUUCUUUCUCCUGUUUGUUUGCUUGUUAGUUUGUUUAAAAUGGAAAAAGGGGUUCUCUGUGUUCUGCCCCUGUAAUUCUAGGUCUGGAACCUUUAUUUGUUCUAGGGCAGCUCUGGGAACAUGCGGGAUUGUGGAAUUGGGUCAGGAACCCUCUCUGGUAUUCUGGAUGUUGUAGGUUCUCUAGCAGUCUAGAAAUGGAUACAGACAUUUCUCUGUUCUUCAAGGGUGAUAGGAACCAUUAUGUUGAGCCCAAAAUGGAAGUAAUAAUAAAUGCCUCCUGGAGGCUGUGGGUGUGGGGGUUCUGUAUCUGGAUUCCGUAUCACUCCAAGUGGAGGCUGGCAGGUUUUUCUGCAAGAUGGUCCAGAAUCUAAAAUGUCCCAUUAAUCUGGUCACUUGGGUUUGGCUCUGCUGUAUCCAUCUAUAGUAGUAGAGACCCACCAGGGCUCAAGUGGAGUCCAUCAUCCUCCCACGGGGACCUGUUCUUAGCACUGAGUUGAUCGCUCCAUGGGGGAGAGAUCAGACAUUCCUUAUCAGAGAUUAUGUGACCUUUUCUGACUCUGCCCAGUCUCUAUGAAUGUUAUGGCCUAGGGAAGAAUCAUGAAACUCUUUAGCUUGAUUAGAUGGUAAACAGUGUUAACCCAUCCUUUACUACAGAGGCAUCUGGGUUUGAAUGUUACCUGGGGUUCUCUCUAUUGAGUUGAGCCCCUUCUUCCUUUAGUGGGUUUUGGACAUCUUCUGGCAAGUGUCCAGAUGCCAGAACCUUCUUUUCCUCUAGAAGGGAUGGUGCUUGGUAACCUUACCUUUUAAAAGCUGGGUCUGUGACCUGGUCUUCCCAUCACUGCAUUCCUGUCUGGAACCAGUGAAUGCAUUAGAACCUUCCAUAGGAAAAGAAAAGGGGCUGAGUUCCAUUCUGGGUUUGCUGUAGUUUGGUUGGGAUUAUUGUUGGCAUUACAGAUGUAAAAGAUUGACUAGCCCAUAGGCCAAAGGCCUGUUCUAGUUGACCAAGUUUCAAGUAGGAUUAAGAGGUUGGUUGAGGGGUGCAGUUUCUGGUGUAGGCCAGGUAGGUAGAAAGUGAGGAACAGGGUUGCCUCUUGGCUGGGUGGAGUCUCUGAAAUGUUAGAAGAAGCGCUGAAGCCUUGAUUGAUAGUUCUGCCCCUUGUUGCCCUGGGGCCUAUUUGAUUAUGGGACAGGGGUAGAAAGUAAGAAGCACUUUUGAAUUUGUGGGGUAGAACUUCAACAAUAAGUCAGUUCUAGUGGCUGUCGCCUGGGCACUAGUGAGAAAGCUACUCUUCUCCCUCUUCCCUCUUUCUCCCCAUGGCCCCACUGCAGACUUAAGGAAGAAGGGAAGGCAGAGGAGUCUAUAAGAAGGAAUCAUGAUUUCUAUUUAGCAGAUUGGAUGGGCAGGUGGAGAAUGCCUGGGGGUAGAAAUGUUAGAUCUUGCAACAUCAGAUCCUUGGAAUAAAGAAGCCUCUCUGUGCUGCCUGCUGUGUCCUGGGUUCUUGCCUUGGGGGACUCGGGGAGCGAGGAAGAGAGCUCUUCCUCCUGGAUAACAUCUUGGAUUCUGUACCAUUCCACUGUCCCUUCCCACCAGACAUUUUAAAUGGUCCUCGUUGUCCCCUUCCCUGCCCUUGCCUUCCUGCUCAUUGUGUAGGAACCAGUGACUUCAUGAAGUUUCUCCGGAGCCACCUGCAUCCUGCUGCUCUGAAGUCACUUCCUGCCUGAGGUGUGGAGGCGGCAGGGAGAAACCAGGAAGCCACUAAUAAUAUCAAGAGGCCAGGGCAUGCAUCUGUGCUGGAGAUCUUAAUGCUCGGGACAUGCCUCCAUCACCAAGGAAAAUGGAUAAGACUUGGGUCCCCUAAAGACCACAGGGGCUGGAGGUGGCACUGAGAAGACUGAGUUAGAACUAACGUGCCAGCCCACCCUCCCCCAGCAAGGGUACCUUGAAUCUAUCCAGGGUCCAGUGCAUGCAUCUCUCCUACCCUUUCCCCUGUCCUGUGUGUGUGCUGGGUGCAGAGGUCACUAAUUCUGAUGUUACCUUCCUCUGGGCCUUAAAUUCCUCAUCUGUGAAAAAGUCAGUUACCAUGAUCUCUGCAGCUACCUCCAACAUUGAAAGUUUGUAGUUGUCUUAAUCCGUUUUCUGUUGCUUAUUAUA